AUGAUCCAACCUGCUUUCACUGUUUUCGCAACCAUAACCACUAGUCCUAAUCUUCACGUUGGGAUCAAUCUCGACCGCUGCUACAUCAACAUGGAGUUCGCCUCCAAAGGUUCUCUCCACAACGACUCGAAGCUCUUCACUCCCAGGGAUACGUUCACUGUGAUCAAGCCUGCCAACGUUCUUCUCUUCCCUUCCAAGACUUUCGGAGAGCAGUGGGAUCUCAAGCUUGCCGAUUUCGGUUUAUCCAAGGAACCGGGCACGGAUUCUUCUAGGUCGGUUUUGUCUGGUGGUUCGCCCGCCGCAGGUGAGUGGUUCUUCAGAUGUUUGGUGGCUGUCCAAAGAAGAUGGGAGAUUGCUACGCCAUGGAGGCUUCCCAGACUUGUGUCUCCAGUGGCCAAUGACUUCUUUAGAAAGUGGAUGGAAGUGCAGCCCUCACGCAGAGCCACCGCAGCGGAUCUGUUGAAACAUCUUUUUGUUGCACCGCACAGAGUCGUGAGGAGUGUGAUUCCACUAAGUCCAGAUCAGAUGUACUGUCCUCCUGCGAUCAUACGGUAUGCUAGACGACAAGGAGGACCGAUGAUGAUGAUGAUGACUAUGGCUCCACCAAGACCUGGAGAUUUGAUCUGCUGA